UGACUCCGGACCCUGCUUACCCCCCAUUACCGCUGUGAAACAUUCAUUUUACAUCAGUGCCGCAUAAGGAUUAUGAUUUUAAGUUAUCCAGUUUGUCACCGCAUUUCUAUGGCCAGUCAAGAGUACCAAAUAUUUCGAGCCAGUGGCAAAUCAGACGGGCGGGACGCCUUCAGGGAAUCCUGAUAUUCCGGCAGCUCUUGUAGCCCCCCUGCAAUAAUCACUUAAGACUCUGGCAGAGUUUAUUUGCCUUGUCUUCUCACUACACCGCACUUUUCUCCGGAAUCCACUCGUCUCCUCAGGGAAUAACCCCACACAAUGGUUGGAUUCAAGCCCACCGAUGUCCCUCCCACUGCGGCGGUGAAAUUCAUUGGUGCUGGGACAGCAGCCUGUAUAGCCGACCUAUUCACCUUCCCUCUGGACACCGCCAAGGUCCGACUCCAGAUCCAAGGGGAGUCCAAGGCCGUUCAUAUGAAGACUGCUUCGUACAAGGGAGUCUUUGGGACCAUCUCGACUAUGGUGAAGAUGGAAGGGCCCAAGAGUCUGUACAAUGGUUUGGCUGCCGGCCUGCAGCGUCAGAUGAGCUUUGCCUCCGUCCGUAUUGGCCUGUAUGACUCCGUCAAGCAGUUUUACACCAAAGGAUCCGAACAUGCUGGGAUUGGGAGCAGGCUGGCUGCUGGGUGCACCACGGGUGCUAUGGCAGUGGCAGUGGCCCAGCCCACAGAUGUGGUGAAGGUUCGUUUCCAAGCUCAGGCCAACUCCUCUGCGAACAGACGCUACAAGGGGACAAUGGACGCAUAUCGCACCAUCGCCAGGGAGGAAGGGAUGCGCGGACUCUGGAAAGGUACAGCUCCCAAUAUCACCAGAAACGCAAUUGUCAACUGCACGGAGCUGGUCACUUAUGAUCUCAUUAAAGAUUCCAUCCUGAAAGCCAACAUCAUGACAGAUAAUCUGCCCUGCCACUUCACCUCUGCCUUUGGGGCGGGUUUCUGUACCACUGUGAUUGCGUCUCCAGUCGAUGUAGUGAAGACAAGAUACAUGAACUCUGCCAAGGGCCAAUACACUAGUGCCCUCAACUGUGCUCUCACCAUGUUCAGAAAGGAGGGGCCCCGAGCUUUCUACAAGGGGUUCAUGCCGUCUUUCCUGAGGUUGGGAUCCUGGAAUGUCGUUAUGUUUGUGACUUACGAGCAGCUCAAGAGAGCCAUGAUGUCGGCCCAAAGAUCCCGGGAAGCCCCUUUUUGAUCCUGCUGAGACCCUGUUGAUGAUAAAUGGGGGGGGCUUAUUUAAUUCUCCAGCCUUUGUAGAAUUGUUUACAGUUAGAUUUGUACCACUUUGUUUGUUUGUUGUUUUUUUUUUUUUAACCACUAAUUUCCAGCAACUCCCUGAAGUGCUGGUUUUGGGCAUGACUAGAGCUGGAAGCAGAAGGGCAUUUCUAUUAGGGGUGGAAUUUCUUGCUAAUUGUUACUUUUAAAUGUGGCAUUUUCUUAGUUUUAUUGGCCAAAACAUCCCAAAAGUUCAAGUCUCUUUAAUAAAUGCAAAGAAAGAUUUUAGUUAAAUUUAAAUAAAACAAGUGACCAUACGGCUUACAGGAACAAAGAGACAGGAGUUGCCUGCGCUGGUUCUACUAUUGGUCAAUGAUUGUCUGCAUGAAGAGAUGCAACUCCCAGCCAUCUGCUGCCCAGGAGUGCUGGGAGUUGUUUUUUUCAAUUGUCCCUCUGUUUCAGUGAUACCCAAUUUGAUUGGCUUUUACAUUCCAAACUGACUCCUCUGUUGGCAAUGGCCUCCUGGUUCAUCUGUCCUGGCUGGUGCCCAGUUAAAGGGACAGAUGCAGAAAUAGCUGUAACUUAUAUACAUGUCUGUCUGAGAUAAUUGGGGUGGAGUGUGAAUUUGUGUCAAAAUGUACAACAACCCAAUUGUGGUUGAUGGGCUUUUUUAUUCUGUUUUUAUGGUUUAAAAUAAAGUCACUAACGAGA